UAGAGACGCUGUCUCCUCUACCGAUGGCCUAACAUCAGACUGCUGCAGUGCUGCUCGUAUAUCUGCACUCGACAUGAUGCACGGAUCAGUAGUUGAGCACUCGCCAAGACAGUCCCUUGCUCGUUCAUCCUUUUUUUCUCAACCAGAAUACCAAAUCGUCUGUCGAGCAUAGACUCUAGAGUCUGGAGCACACAGCCUGCAGGCUGCAGAUGACCAACCAAAGUCCGGUCCGGCAGCUAGCUGCACAACCGAUGGGCUAUAAGUAGAGCAUGGAUGGUCUUCGCCUCUUCCAUCCCCACAGGCCUCAGAACACCUGCUUCUGCUUACAAUUACAACAUGGCCCCCUCAAGAACCGCCUUGUCCUCCCUUGCGCUCCUGCUCGCGUUGCUCCUCUCGUGCGCCGCCGUGAGCAGCGCGGCGCGAAGGCUGGAGGAGGCAGCUCCCAAGGAGGGGGAGCCGCACCUGACCGUGCCGGAGCUGCCAGUGCCGGAGCACGAGCUGCCGCCGCUGCCCAAGGUCGAACUGCCGCCAUUCCCGGAGGUGCACCUGCCGCCGUUCCCCAAGGUCGAGCUGCCGCCGAAGCCCGAGAUCCCGGCCAUUCCCGAGUUCCAUUUCCCGGAGCCGGAGGAGGAGGCUAAGCCAUGACCGCGCCACCGCUGCGUCCUACUUGGUCGGUCGUACACGUGUGUGAUUUGUAUGUUCGUGCUGGGAUAUGGAUGUCCGCUCGUGCGUCCGUGCGGGCGUCAGUGCGUGUGUGUGCGUGCGCUGCUUGCAUAGUUGCAUUAUUGGCUUGGUGUGUUGCUCGUGUUUAGAUGCUUGUUUACUUGCGGGAUCCAGAGUUCUCGGCGUGUGUCAGCGCCAAGGACGAACGUACUGUGCGUAAGUGACUGUCUUGCGACUUGUCAGGUUCAUGUACAUAUGUGCAUGUGUAUACGGUCCCUCGUAUGCUUAAUGUUUGUCAACGGAGUAUGAAUAUCAUCAUUGUCAGUGAAACAAUCCGACGAGUUCAGUCCA